UCAGAAUGUGAAAUCGCGUCCAACACAUGAAGCAGUGAGGAAAAGACAGUGUGAUAUUAUAUUAGAGACUGGAUAAACAAUCUUGGAUAUUGGUUUUCUUUAAGGAAAAAAAAUUAAACAGGAGAAAAUAUUUUCUUUGUUGUGUUUUUUUUUUUUUAAUGAAGACGGGAACUAGGCGGUGUUAGGCAUAGACCAGUGUAGAUUUGACUUUUUUUUUUUUUUAAUUUUUAUUUAUUUAUUUUUAUUAAUAGAAGACAAUGCAAAGCAUAACUGAGGACUUAUUCAUCACACGCUCCAAGGGUUUAUACGGAUCAGGAUAAGAGAAGAAGGAGGUCACAAGCAUCAGGUCGCUCCCAGUCUUUUGUGGUGGAGUAUCGGGUGUUUUUGGCCCUACAUCCCUUGCCAGAGUGCUGACAACAAGAGUUCGUGGAGACUCAAGUGUCAUCCUGCAGUUCCAAACAUGGACAACCAGAGGUACCUCCCUAAGGCAGGGGGUGACGACUCCAAACUCUCCACCUCGGCCAUCCAACCAGAGCAUAAUAGUGAGGUCAGACAGGUGAGAAGACAGCCAGGUGACUCAGUGAUCACUACAAGAGUCAGGAAGGAAGAGCCUGCAGAUGUUCCCUGCAAGGUGCCUCGCUUCCAGUAUGUUGACUUCCCCUCCCUACACCAGUGCAUCAAGCAGCUAUCUGUGCCACCACUGGAGGGCUGGCUAGCCUCAUGUCCGCUUGGAAAAGUGCCAGCACACCUUCCAAACAACCCAAAGGAGAACGUGCCCAAGUUUAAAUAUGUCGACUACCCUUCACUCUACCACUGCAUCCAGCAGCUGUCUGUGCCUCCAUUGGAGAUCUGGAGCUCAAAGCUUACAAAGCCCAGCCCAGGUGGGUUACGGACGGACACAGUAGGGCUGCAGUGCCCCUCUCAAGUACUUGGAGGUAGAAGGAAAAGUGAAGAGAUGCAGGAAAAUAGAGCAGAACAGCAAAACAAAGAAAAGAGGGGGCGUGGGAGCACAGUCCAUGUCCCAGUUCUAGAGCCUGCAGUCCUGCAGUACAUGAAAGGUACACAGCCAAGCUCAGCCUCAGAGAAGGAUGAGAAUUCCCAAGGAGAGUCCAAUAUGCACCAAAAGCACUCUGGUUGUAGCUCAGAUUGUGUUUCUAGAUUUGAGUCAAGUUCUAGACUAGAACUGGACAGAGCAGCAGAAAGGAACAAGAAAAGUCUCAGGCCAUCUGUCAUCAGUCUGGUGCGUACAGAAAGACAGAAACACAGAGUAGAACCAGAUGAGCAACCAGAGAAGUGGAAAUCUCCAGCUCCUAUAACACAGGUGGAGCAGCCGAUAGAUCUAGAGUUGGUCUAUCCCCUUGGCCAGCAGAUAUUUACAGAUCCAGUGGAGUACCAAACUCACCUGUGCAGACACAAAGACAAGGGACCACACUGAUGGCCUGACUUCAAGAUGGCCAUCUUUCAGACUCUUCCAAGAUAUCAUUGGUCACCUGUUGUGACAAUUUGGCCUUGACCUCUCAUCUUCUUCAACUUCUACAGGAUGUUUGUAAUUGGCAAGGAAUUCUCAGUGAAGAUCAGUCGCAAUCUGGUGGUUAUUGACAGUGUUAAGCCUAAGCGAGAUAAAAAAAUAACAGAAACUCAGCCUUUAGAAUUUUGCCUUCCAAAAUGCAAAUGAAGGAUCUUACAAGCCAAACUGGGCUAACUGUCUAUAAGAGGAUAUUCAGACAAGCACACACAUACCCAUAUGCAUUAUUGGUUAUAUCAUCAGUCUAGCGGUACUAAAGAAAAGCUACUGGAAUUUUGAAUAUAUUUAUACUUAUGUAAGCUUUGAAAAGAGUGAUAUAACAUCAGGUUCCUUUAAUCUAAAAACUAUGAAACCUUAAGUGCUGAAAAUCUUCACAGACAUAUUACUAUUUGCUGUCCUAAAUGAGUAAAGACCAACUGAUAUAACACUGUUAACCCAACACAACAUAUUUGGUGAAACUAGUUUUAAGAUCUGAGACAGGCACAAGAAUUUCAUGUUAAUACGAUUUUGAAGAGAUACUUUACAGAAUAUCAAACCUGAAGCUCUGAAUCUGUAGCAUCAAGAAAAGCCGUUGGCACAAAGUUCAUCAUAAAAUAGAGAAUCUCAGCCUGAUGCCAUGUUGCCCUGAAUUCCUAAUGCAUCCUGCCAUCAACUGCAGGGUACGGCAGUAAUGACAGAAUGAAAAGUCAGGUGUAGGAAACUUGAUAACCAGGUCAAGAACUGAGUCUGUGCAACACUUUGGGCUUUCUCUCCCAAAGAGUAAAGGUGAUCCUACCUUUGAAACAAGACCCAGAGCAAGAUACAAAUGCCUUUCUAAAGACACCGGGGGGUUGAUUACUUAGUUUUGGUUGUUCUGGUUUCUAAAUGAACGACUAUUGGUUAUGCUGCAAAAAAAAAAAAAGGUUUAUUGCUCAUUUAAUAACUUUUUUAAUUAAUCUUUGUAUUUCUGAAGUUUUUUUAAUCUAUAGAAUUUCAUGUAUGAGUGCAAAAAGGUAGCGUUAAGAGAUAACUGUUUUUCAAAAUAUUUACUUGUUUUGUG